GUGACCAGCAGGAGUGUGAAGAUGGACUCUAGUGAACUCAUCUGCAGCAGAUCGAGUGAGAUGUUCUCUGAAACUCCACUAGCUGUGACUUACUGGCUAGAAUAUCGAUGUAUCUGUUCUUGCUCCUGUUUCACUUGAGGCUGGCGGUCAUAGUGUAUGGCUGGACAUCCAUCUCCAAUACCACAAGGCUCUUGCCUAUCGUAGCUUCAAGACACCUACAAGGCCCCCACCAGAACAAACUGCAAACAGCAAAGGUAAGGUGAGGGGAUGAGACAGUGGUAACUAACUCUGUGGGAAAGGAUAAGAGCAACCUCCAAAUCAAAACA